AUGGGGUAUUCUGAAGCGGGUCGUCCGCAAUGGUCGACGACGACCGUCGGCAAGAGGAACAUCGUCCUCGCCGCCAUCCUUCUCUCCCUAUUUUGUAUCUUCUUCACGUUCCGCAACCAGAGUCCUCCGUCCGGCACGGCGUCUCCGUCCGGAUUGUCGACUUCCAAAUUCAGCCUCGGAGGCAAGAAGGACAACUUGGGAGAUGUCUACAAUGACACACUGGGCUUUCAAAAGGUAUACGCCAUCAACCUACCUGAGCGUACGGACAAGAAGGACAAUAUGCGCCUCCAGGCCAGGGCCACGAACUUUAGCAUCGAAAUCGUGGAUGGAGUCAUUGGGUCCAAGGUCUCAUACAAGGCCAUUCCAUAUACUUUUAAGCAAAACAACGGCACCAUUGGAUGCUGGCGAGCUCACCUCAACGUCUUGCAAAAGAUGAUUGAGGAAAACAUCCAGAGCGCUCUGAUUCUCGAGGACGACGCGGACUGGGACAUCGGCCUCAAGGCUCAAAUGGCCGAGUUGGCGCGGGGGUCACGGUGGCUCCUCGAGACGGCCCCCGAGGGCACCAGCAACAACCACAUCCCGCACUCCCCUUACGGCGACGGCUGGGACAUGCUCUGGGUCGGCCACUGCCACAGCGAACCGGUCAAGGGCGACAACCGACGUUGGGUGAUCCCCCACGACCCCACGGUCGCCCCGGAAGGUUCGAGGUGGUACUUCAAGGGCCCCAAGAUGGACAAGUGGGAGAAGGGGCCCGACGCCGACCCCCAGACGAGGGUGGUGUACCAGCAGGGCUUCGGCUGGUGCCUCUCGGGCUACGCCGUGUCGCUGCGGGCGGCCCAGCGCAUCCUCUGGUACGCCAGCAUGAUGCCCUUCAACUGGCCCAUCGACAGCGGCAUGGGCAACCUGUGCUCCCAGCGGGAGUUCCACGACUUCCAGUGCAUCGCCCCCUUCCCCCGGUUCGUCGGCAAGUCCACCCCCGCCGGGUCCAACGCCCUCGGCAGCGACAUCAACACGAAGCCCAAGGAGGAGAAGAUCCAGGAAAAGUCCGAGUCGGAGAACGUCAUGUUCUCGGUCCGCCAGAACAUGAGGCGCAUCCUGGACGGCGCCACCACCUUCAAGAGUUACUUCAAGAACCCCGCCGGCGACGACCUCACCCUGGAACAAAUCUCCGCCGCCAGAGGUCACCCGGAGUACGUCGACGAGGAGGUCAAGAAGGAGACCAAGGAAUAAACAACCUUUUUUCUCCGGCACUACGGAGUAAACAAGGCUCGCAAAGUAUCAUUUGAAGGCCAAGUAUGGGGCACCCCGACUUGCGUGUGGAAAGGGUUGUUUUUUUUUGGUUGCACCGGUCU